CUCUCAGCUGUUCAAGCUUCAUCCCUCAACAGUCCCGGUGUUUCUCUUUUAACUCGUUCCGACCAGGCGGCUCGCAGCUCUCCGGACAGCAUCCAAGAUGUCGCGGAAGCCAGCCAAGGGAGAGUACAUCGAAACGGAUACCGGCAACAAGGUGUCUCGAAAGGCGAUCUUGAUCGGAACCCAGCAUAUCAUGCUGGGCGGAAAGACCGUCAUCCAAGCCGAAGCCAUGAUCCGAGGGGACCUCGCCCGAACUGCCCAGCCUGCUUCCGGUUCUGCCCCUGCCCCGGGUAGCAAUACUGCCGUCGCCAUUGGCCGCUACUGCUACCUGAGCAGAGGAUGUCUUCUGCGCCCGCCGGGUCGCAUCUAUAAAGGAUCGUACACCUACCUCCCUCUCCGACUGGGCGAUCACGUUUUCAUCGGCGAGAGCACCAUCGUCCAAGCGGCCACCAUCGGGAGCCACGUGCAUAUCGGCCGAGACGUCGUCGUCGGCGAGUUCGCGAUUGUUAAGGAUUACGUCCGCAUCCUCGAUGGCGCCGUCGUACCCCCUAAUAUGGUCAUACCCAGCUUCAGCAUCGUAGCUGGCCACCCGGCUCGGGUCAUCGGUGAGGUGCCCGAGGGCGGCCACGAGGCUUUCGAGCUUAGGGAGAUGUACAAGACGGUUGGCAAUAACCCGCAGCCGGCGCCUAUCUGAUCCUAGCACCACGCAUCCAUCCAUUAGUAGUGCGACACGCCGACUCGACAUCCAAGACGGAAAUACCUCUGGAGCUUCGCCGUGGGUACCCCCUACCGAUCCCCGCCCCGUCUUACAUUAGCUCUCUGCACGAUACUGGAGGCGAAACAACAUUCUAUGAAACAUUCACGACCCGCCUACCAAGCCAGCCGUUAGUAUCGAUCGACGGAGGCUUGUAGACGGGAGGGAUUCCUACGAGGAGACGGACAUAGGAGUAAUGGGGCCAUGGCCGGCUUGGGAGGGGUCGUGAAGCAGCUUCUAGAGCUUGGGAAAACACCACCCAAAGCCGAGAUCGGGAUAUUUUGAGAGGAAGAGAAGUCUCCCACUUGCCCGAAUUGGAUCGAAAUGGAGGCGUCUGGACUUUGCCUACCAAUGUAAAUUUUGCGGUUGGCGCCGAAAUUAUUUAUGAUACCCCUCUGCGCUCGUUACGCUUAGAAAGCAUAGCAUACGAGACCAGGACUGAGAAAAUAAAUAGGUUGACACGAACCUCAUGAGCAGACUUGGAUAGGCGAUUUAGUAAAUCUAGUAGUACGAAAUACGUCCCAAUGACUCGAUCCAAGACA